GCUUCCGCCGCGGGCUCGGCCUAUGGUGGCGCGGUUGCCAUGGGCACGCACCGCCCCCUUCCCGCGGGAGGCGGCGGCGGCGGCGGGUCCGGCCGCCAUGGAGGGUCCGGCGGGCGGCGGGGAGGCCCUCAGCGGCGCCGAGAAGGAGAAGCUGAGGGAGAAGCUGGCGCUGCUGAGGAGGGAGUACAGCGAGACCGUCAGCCGGCUGCGGCGGGCGCGGCGAGCCGAGCGAGCCAGGAGCCACGGCCGGGGCACGGCGGCGGACGGAGGCCGGCGGGAGCGGAGCCCCGCAGGUUCUAGAGAUAACGUAUCUCCUAGUGCUGACAAACAUGAAACCUCUCAGUUACAGACUAAAACCUGCUUUGAUCUCGGCACAGAGAAGAAAAUGUCUGUCACAUUCAAACACGUUCCCGAAUUCUCCAGCAAUGAGGUUAGCCUGCAGGACGGCUCACAGGCAGAAAGCAUACAGGCUAGCCAGGAAAACAUGUGCUGUGGAAUCGUUAGGCCUGCCCCUGCGGAGAAAAAAACCCAAACCUCCAGAAGCCUGAUGAAGCUGAGGAGACGGACGAAGGCUCUGGUGUCAGAGGAAAGGGAAGCAGUGCGUGAUGUCUAUCUAAUCAACACUGAUGAAACGGUGAAAAAUCAAAUUGCCAGUACAGAGGAACUUCGGUCACCAGUCUUCAGGCGAAGUGGCCUCUCAAACACUGAGGAAAACGCUCGAAGAGCAUCCAGACCAGUGCUUGUGCAGAGAGAAGAAAACAGUUCCACUCCUCCCAAUGCAGCAUUAGGAGUUGUACAAGAGAUGCUUGAAGACAGUGUCCCUCCAGGAGUGCCUGAGCUGUUCCCAUGUGCACUGAGUGACAGCAGUGACAUCUGGCAGCCUGAGUCCCCAAGUGCUGUGGCCGCAUCUGAUAACUGUGAGCCUGCAUGGCCGUGUUCAGGGAACAGCGACUCUGUUUUACUGGACACCAGUGGUGACGGAGGAACAGAAUCCUCCAGUAUAAUAAAACAAAUGGACGGUGAGAGUAUGGGUGAAGAUCAGGGAGAAUUACAUAGGCUCUUGGAUUUAAUGUCAGAAAAUGAAGUAUUGCCCACUGGUGGAAAUAACGAUAUCAUUAACGACAGCAAAAGCCAUGAAGGAGAUCAAAGUGACACUAAUAGCUUAAAUCGCUUUCCUACAGAUCUUGCUCUGGGCAAUGCUGAAGAACUGUUGGAGAAUCAACAGCUUGAAAUUCAGUCAAAACUUUCUCACCCAGAAAAGGUGACUACUCCUGAAAGCGCACUGAACUCUUGCACAGUGGUUGAAGGGCUUCUCUUUCCAGUUGAAUACUACGUCAGGACGACUCGACGCAUGUCUAAUCGUCAAAGGAAAGUGGACCUCGAUGCUGUAAUUCUUAGUCAGCUGGGCAGAAGCAAGAAAGGUCAGCGAAGUAAGUGCAAGCAGAAGGAUGCAAAUUCAGGUCGGCCCUCCCAAGAAAGAGUUGAAAAUGAUUUGGAGUCAGGGGUCACGCCGUUCACUUUUCUUGGUGCAGAAAAUGAUCCAGCAAAUUCAAGUAGUCCUCAGAAACCUCUUCCUGUGUCCAGUGGUAGCAGCACUUCCCUUGGAUCAAUUUCUCAAAACAGCAUCGAUAGCACAAAGCGAGAUCAGAGACGAUCACAGAGGAAACAAAAGGGAAGAAGAAAGUCUACCUGCAAACCCCCUGUGCAUCAAGUGUCACAGGAACUUAUAGGGAGUUUGGAUGUCACAAGGAGGGAAAGCAGUAGUCUGCUGUCAAAUGAGUGUCAGAGUGAAAAGGAAAACUGUGAGGCUAGUCUUGAAAAAUCAUCUUCAGAUGAGAGAAGGUUGUCUGCUGCUGCUGCUCUUGGGUCUGGAGAGACAGAAGUGACUGGUGCUAUACAGCCAAUGAGUGCUGAUCCUCCUCCUGGUGGAAGCCAAGUGCUUGGCAAAUGCCGUAAGAGCCUGUUAGAACAGGUUCAAAAUCCUCUUCAGAACAGCGAUCCUCUGAACCCAGGGAAUGAAGCUUUUGCUAGCCGUAUAGAUCUGGAAGCCAACUUAACUGUGUGUGAGGCUGGUAAACAUCCAGUGGAGCAUGUUAAGGAUCAGCAAGCACAAGGAGCCCGCAGGGCUGAGGAGCUUCUAGUGAUUAAUGUUCCUCCACGCCGCUCCCUGCGUUCCUCAGCGAGACAGAGAGCCAGUCAAGUCUCAAAAGAUGAGAGCAAAAGAGGAUGUAGCUAUCCAAUGGGUUCAGAGGGUCCUGCUUCUCUUGGCCUCCCUGCUAUGGACACCGAUACUUGCAGCUCUCCCUUCUCCUUCCGCAGUCUCCAGUGGCUGGCCCCCAGACUGGGUAUCAGAGACUUUCACUUACCCGAUGAGGAAUUCGGACUACUGAAACUUGAGAAAUUAGAAUCUUCCCCUGUGAAUGACUUGGAGGCUUUUGUUCCUAGUGUGUUUGGAGAUGGUGUGACUUCAGAGGAUGCACAAGAUGCACAAAUGAAUCCAGAAGAAAAAAGUCUCAAAAGUAAUUUGAUUUCGCCUUUCAAAAAUGGAUUGCCCAAGUUACCUCAUGUAGAAAGCCCAGCUUCCAAGAAGGAACUUUACACCCAUGAAUUGCUAUUUACUCCCAUGAGGACUGUCUUAGCUGGUGCUCCCACUCAGCCUGAGUCUCUGAUUUCCUCAUCUGCUUUCCCUGUCGUGGGUGCAACCCCAGCUGUUUUACCAUCAGUAUGCAGCGAGGUCUUCCCCAACACACCUUCUGUACCUCCCUCGCAAGCAAGCCCGCACUCCUCCAAAGGAGCAUCUGCCCAGUUCGUGGAUGAUGGGAAAUGCAAAGACUCUGCCAUUCCACUGCACUUGGACAGCUGUGGUGCAGGAUCUGCUAGAAAAGAGGAGGAACAAGGUACAAUGUUUCCCUUAGAAGCUGAAAGAGGUCCUGAUAAAUCCAAUGAGGCUGUGGCCUUGGACAAGCAUCAGCAGUUGGAGAGCAAACAGCAGAGAUCCUGCAGAGCUUCUCCUGAACAGGAAAAAGAUGUAGCGGAACAGCUGACUCCAGUAUUGCUCGAUGGCCUGAGAGAAGAGAGCUUGCAGCUUGUAUCAAAGCUAAAGGAUUCUUCAAGUUCCUGUGCCGUGGAUGUAUGUACCAUGUGGUGGGAAGCAGCUGGCUGCAGAGAGCUGUGCGUGGUGACUGCUUGUGAGAGUUCCGUCUCCCUAUGGAAACCGCUGGCAUCCAACUGCUGGGGAAAGGUCUAUACUUGGCAGCUCGGAGAGAUUCCUGUAAUACAGAUCGUUCCUCUGCCAGACACCUGUAAUCUCAUGUGUAUAGCAUUGGGAGAUUUGGAGAUUGGAGAAAUAAGGCUCUUGCUUUAUUCUUCUGAGAAUGACUCAUUCAAGCAAUCACUAGUAAAAACUGGAAAUAUAAAAGCUGUUCUUGGGCUAAAGGAUAGGAGGCUGGUCAGCAGCAGCAGGACCGUGCAAGAGCAGCAAGUGGAGAUAGUAUCACUUUCAGAGACCCGAAGGAGCAAGGACGGACAGACUUUGAUGCCCCCCGAAGAAACCGUUUUAGCUUUUGCUGAAGUAGAAGGAAUGCGAGAUGCCUUGCUUGGCACCACUGCAGCGAACAGCAUUGUUGUUUGGAAUCUGAAAACAGGCCAGCUCCUGAAGAAGAUGCACGUUGGUUAUUCCUACCCAGCUUCCAUCUGCCAUCGAGCAUAUUCCGACUCUGGCCUUCUGUUUGUUGUUUUAAGCCAUCCACAUGCCAAAGAGAGCGAGUCCUGUGGAAACCCCGCGUUCCGUGUGAUAGCGUUCAACCCCAAAACAGCCAGGAGCACGGGAGUGAUGUUCUCCUCCCUCCCACCUGGGCACGCUGGAAGGCAAGUACCUCGGGGACUCUGCGUGCUGGCUUCACGACCCCUUCGAGGUGGUUUUGGGGGAGGAAUCGCUUAACGAGCGGAGCAGCCUGCUGGCAAGGGUCCAUUUGCCAUCUUGCGGGUGAUAAGGAGGCUGCAUCCGUCACUGCCGUUUGCCCUGUACCUAGGCUGGAAUGGGGCGAGGGUGUUGGCUGUUUCCUGCCCGUUUCCUGCACCCAGCUGCGCGCUGACCUCUGAGCUCCCGGCCUCACCGCCCGGCAAGGGGCUCCGCUGACAAACGGGAGCGUUGAUCUUCUGCGUGCUUACGCUUUUGUCUUUCUCCCCCUGCAAAGCGAUUGUGGGAAUGCUGUAACUGGGUUCAUCGCGCAAAACCCCCCUGGGAAAACGUCUGCAAAUGAGACGUUCUGAGCCUCUGUGCUGUUAAAGAGCGCUGUGCUAACUUUAUUUGUCUUAAGCGGCUGUUUGCAGUCAGACGACCUUUCCCUUCCUACGUCUUGCAUUUUGAAGCGUAAGCCGUUUAGGACUCGGUCCCGCCAUGCUCUGACACUCAUCGUCAUGCGUCCGGCGUGCACAGGUGUUAGCCGACUGAGGUCUUGGCUUACUGAACCGUUUUCAAGUGCGUUCUGAGACCGAGGGAGGAUUGUCUCGACAUCCUUCCUUCUCGGGCGCGCUGAAAACACAGCACGUAAUGUUCGCCUGGCUUCCGCCAGUUGGCUUAACUCUGCUCGCCGCUUUGCUACGUUAAAAGCUGGGUAUUUUUGAAAAAUGACGCGAUAGCGUUGCCACAAAGAAACCGCAGUGUCGUGACCCCUCUGUCUACGACCUUAGGUACCUGGAGGGGGACGUGAAGGAUGCUUCGGCCGCAGCCGUGCUGACGUCGGGAGCCGUGGCGGUGUGGGACCUGCUCCUGGGGCGGUGCACGGCCCUGCUGCCCCCGGCGCCGGCGGGGAGCUGGGCGCUGGCCCGCUGGGCCACCACCGGCGCCUGCCUGCUGGCCGGGCAGCGGGACGGGACGGUCUGCCUCUACCGGUACCGGCAGCCCCAGCCAGGAGCGGCUUGACGGAGGACUUUUGGGGGGGGGGGGGGGGAGGCGGCGAGGACCCCCACCACCGGCGGGGCCCGGCGCUUCAGCUGCCGCCGGGGGGGGGGGGGGGGGCUGCGUGUGAGGGGGUGCCCGGGGCUGUGGGUGCGCUCGGGCCGGUCCCCGGGCGCCCCGGUGUGUGCGAUUGCCAUUAAACCUUUUGCCUUCGGAA